AUGAGUUUAGAGGUGGCUUGCUUGUCAUUUCGCCAGCCGUAUGCUACUCUUGUGUUGAAUGGGGUGAAAACGAUAGAGAGCCGCUGGCGGCCCCUGCUGUCAGAGCUGCAGAACUGCACUCUAGCGGUUCACAUCGCCCAGAAGAGCUGGGAAGGAGAGGACUGGAGACUCAUCCUCACGGAAAGGCUGGGAAUGUCAACCGUGCAAACGGAGGAACUGCUGGAGUCUGGAGAAAGGUUCGGGCGUGGUGUUAUAGCAGGUCUUGUGGAUGUUGGGGAGACGUGGUGUUGUCCUGAAGAUGUUCCCUGUGAAGAGAUGAGAGAUCUGGAAACAGCAGCUUGCUUGUCUGAACUCAAAUUGAAAUACCUUACAAGACUCUCAAACCCCCGGUGGCUCAAUGAACCAAUGUAUUCUAGGGGCCAUAAAGAUGUGUGGACGGUCCAGAUCCCACUUCAUCUCCUGCCUUCUGCUCCUUCUAAUCCAUAACAGUGCAACAAAGCAUUCAGUAGUGUAUAUGUGUCUGAGACGCUGAGAUUUGUAAUCCUAUGUGUGCAGGUUGUUUUUUUCAACAUAACAUAAAAAUGCAUUUGUGUUCGUUUAUAAAGAGUAGGUAGUAGGUACCUUAUAUAGGAUUCAACACUUUAAAAAUAAAUAAAAGCUUGAAAGCAUAGGUGUAAGGACAUCUUAUUUUUGUUUUCCUCAUUACCUGGGCA